GGCUCCGCCCCCUCAGACGUUACACACGGAAACAAUAGAUUACCGUCGACAGCAGCUCAUCCUUCAGCUCCAUGUUCUCCUGAGGGGGAAAAACAGAUCUCUGCAAACCGUCCAGAGGUUCUGUGCAACCAUGGCUGCUGGUCAGUGAUCCCCUCCCGCUGCUCUAAUGGAGGCUCCAGUCACCGCUCCUCCUACUCCCAGCUCCUCUCCGACCACCCUCCGACCGGCCGUGGCUCCGUCCGUCCAGCUGGGUUUCACCAUCCUCUACACCACCUUGUACGGGGGCCUUUUCCUGGUGGUCUACACGCAGCUAUGGCUGCUUUUCAUCUACAAACACAAGAGAUGGAGCUACCAGAGCGUCUUUCUGUUCCUCUGCCUGCUCUGGGCGGGCCUGCGCACCACGCUCUUCUCCUUUUACUUCCGUAACACGGUGGAAGCCAAUCACCUCCCUGCUGCAGCCUUCUGGCUGCUCUACUGCUUCCCUGUCUGCCUGCAGUUCUUCACCUUCAGCCUCAUCAACCUUUACUUCACUCAGGUUCUGCUGAAGAUCAGGGAUAAUUACAGCUCAGCCAGCGACAGCAAACUAUGGGUGGCCCGCUUUGCUUACGGGGCCAUAAGCUUCAUCUUCCUCUCCAUCAACGUGACAUCCGCUGCUCUGGGAGAGCGAGGCAGCAGCGGAGAGAAGGGGAAGCGGACUUGGAAGCUGGUCUUGGUCCGAGUUAUUGUCAACGACCUGCUCUUUAUCCUGGAGGCGGUGCUGCUGGCCAGCGUGCUGCUGCUGCUGACCCGUCACUCACGCUCCUUCAGCCCCUAUCUGAUGAGCAAGGGGACCACAGUAUGCCGCACAGCCACUCUGGGAGCCGCGGUGAUCUUCCUGUUCUUCAGCCGCGCCUGCUACAACCUUACGGUCCUGUUCCUGUCUCAGAUCUACAAGGUGGAAUCCUUUGACUAUGACUGGUACAACGUCUCUGACCAGGCGGAUUUGCAAAGCGAACUUGGUGACAGAGAAUACCUUGCCUUUGGUGCCAUUCUCUUCAUCUGGGAGCUGCUCCCCACCAGCCUCCUCAUCCUGUUCUUCAGAGUCCGCCGGCCAGCUCAGGAGACCAGCAGCUUAGAAAUCAACAACAGGGUUCUGCCUCGUCCAUAUUUCUUCGAUGACCCUGAAGGCAGCGAUGAUGAAAUUCCGGCUCCCUGGGCUCGCAGCUCAGAGCAGAACCAAAGCUGGUGCGGACCAGAGACGGCGCCCCUCCUGUUCGCCAACAACCCUGCAGACCAGAGCCACCAGCACCACUCUUUCUACUCCACCCCUCAGAACUGAGGCCGAACCUCACCAACCAAGCCGCCAUCUCAGGGGCACCAGGACCGCGCGCGCAGCUGGCGGCAAGUUGUUCCUCCUGCUCCGUGGUUGAAUUUGCACUGAAAACCUCAGGAAAGCUAAAAAAGAUGCACCUUGUAGUAUAUUUUUUAUAAAAGAGAACAGAAAUGACUGUUUCUCAGACUUAAAGGGAACACUCUUAUUGGGAGGAUGACCCUAAAGCACAGAGCUCCAUGAAGGUCAACCUAAUGUUUGUUUAUUUAUUAGUAUUACUCACUGUGAAGCUGACUCUUAUAGUUCAUACGAUGUUUUUUUUAGCUUCAGUGGACUUAAAGCAACUCAAUUCUUAACUGCUUUUUAGUCCAAUCCCCUAAAGGCGAAACAGGAAGUGGACUACAAUACAGAGGUUUUAGUCAAGGUUUGUUUUGCUUUUUAUGCGUCUCCAUCCUGCAGCUACCAAUGUGUAGUUUCUGUUUCUGGGGAAGCAUUUUUAUUUUUUUUUUAAAGCAGUGGAUUUUGUUUCUCCUUCUGUGAAUCCAUUUGUUUGACUGGAUG